GAGUGGCUUCCGUCUUGAGGCUGCGGAAACGAGCGAGCAAAGAGGCAGCGCGAACGGGUGAGAGUGCGAGGGAGGUGGUACGUGUUAUUAAAUAUAAUAUCCAGUAACAAACUACGUACGCAAGCUGUUCAUUAAAUUAGCCUGCGGAGAUGGGCGACAAGGCGGGCACCAGAGUCUUCAAGAAGUCUAGCCCCAACUGCAAGCUCACAGUCUACCUGGGGAAGAGAGACUUUGUGGAUCAUCUAGACCAUGUGGACCCAGUGGAUGGAGUGCUUCUGAUUGAUCCAGAAUACCUGAAAGACAGAAAAGUGUUCGUGACCCUGACAUGUGCAUUUCGGUACGGGCGGGAGGACCUGGAUGUGCUGGGCCUGUCGUUUCGGAAGGACCUCUACAUCUCCACCUUCCAGGCCUUCCCCCCACUCCCCGAGGAGCGUAAGCCGCUCAGCCGCUUGCAAGAGAGGUUGCUGAAGAAGCUGGGCCAGCACGCACACCCCUUCAACUUCACUAUCCCUCAGAACCUACCCUGUUCAGUCACCUUGCAGCCCGGACCGGAGGACACAGGCAAGGCAUGUGGGGUAGAUUUCGAGGUCAGAGCUUUUUGUGCCAAAUCUGUGGAAGAGAAGAUUCACAAGAGGAACUCGGUGCGGCUGGUGAUCAGGAAGGUGCAGUAUGCCCCGGAGAAGCCAGGGCCGCAGCCCAUGGUGGAGACCACCCGCAGCUUCCUCAUGUCCGACCGCUCCCUGCAUCUGGAGGCCUCGCUGGACAAAGAGCUCUAUUACCACGGGGAGCCCAUCAGCGUGAACGUCCACGUCACCAACAACUCCACCAAAACUGUCAAGCGUGUCAAAAUCUCCGUGCGGCAGUACGCUGAUAUCUGCCUGUUCAGCACUGCACAGUACAAAUGCCCCGUGGCACAGGUGGAGGCCGAUGACCAAGUGUCCCCCAGCUCUACGUUCUGCAAGGUGUACACUCUCACCCCCAUGCUGAGCAACAACCGGGAGAAGAGGGGCCUGGCACUGGACGGGAAGCUAAAACACGAGGACACCAACCUGGCCUCCAGCACCAUAGUGAAGGACGUGUCCAACAAGGAGGUUCUGGGUAUUCUGGUGUCUUACAGAGUCAAAGUCAAACUGGUCGUUUCACGUGGCGGGGAUGUAUCAGUGGAGCUGCCCUUCGUCUUAAUGCACCCCAAACCCUCCGACCAGCCGAGUUCCAGGCCGCAGUCAGCCAUCCCAGAGACAGACGUUCCUGUGGACACCAACCUGAUAGAGUUUGAGACGAAUAACUACUCUCAGGAUGACGACUUCGUUUUUGAGGACUUCGCCCGUCUGCGGCUGAAAGGAAUGAAGGAUGACAAGGAUGAGGACGACCACUUCUGCUAAGCUUCCCCUCCCCCCAAGCAGGCAGGCAGCCAAUAGGGGGGUGCGAGGGGAGGGGGGUGUGAGGGGCGUGGUCAAUAGCCAGUGGGCCAAUGUAAUUAAGUGGGUGUGGUCACGUUGUUUUUAAAAGCCCCGUCGCUCUUCACUCCAUUCCCAUUCUUGCAUAUGCGAUGGCGUUGUGGAAUUGUCUCGGCUUUGCAGAGCUUACCAGAGCACAUGCGAGAAACGGAGAGAGAGAGAGACAGGGGGGAUUAUGGGGAAGAGCAUGACCAUCACUGUCAAUUUCAGAACAUUAUCGGCUGGGAGGGGGGAGGGGAAUGGGUGGGGGACAGGCAUGGUUAAGGGGAGAUUUUUUUUGUUCCUUCAUUUUUUGAGGUCCCACUUUAUAUUAAGUGGGCAAUAUACCUAUGUAAUUACAUAAGUACCAUGUAAUUUUGUUUUAAGAAUGCAUUGUUACUCAGUAACUAAUGUGGAACACGAGUUUGCAGUUAAUUUAAGUACACCUUCUUUCAUUAACUAUAACCCUUUCCCUAACCCUACCUCUAACCUUAACCUCAGUGCAUAACCUAACCUCAAGCUCAGUCUUUUUAUGUAAUUACAAAACUUGCAUAGCAGUUACACAGUACUUCCCUGCAGAUGCGUACGUCACUUACGUAUACAUAUAUAUAUAUAAAAGACUUGUACAUGUGUAAUUACUGUGCAUUUAGGGUGUACUUUGCGCCCACUUAAUGGAAAGUGUGGCCUUGUCAUCAGAGGAGAUCCAGUAAGCAAAGCAUCAGCAACACGGAAGACCACAAAGGAAGCGGGAAUAUUUUCACCUUUUUUCCCCCCCACCAUCCGUCUGUGACUUUUUCGAAUGUUUGUAUAGAACUUACAGACUCACCCACGACGACUCCGCAGAGAGGAAGAGGAAGACUAGAGGCAGGCACUGAGAUGCAGAGAGGGGGAAAAGGGGGGGGGUAUGGCUGAGUACGCCAGCCCCGAGCCCCGUGCUCGCACUUGCAGACACACCUUCAAACACCGUGCAGGCGGGCGACGCUCUCAGGCAGCCCGUUCAAGGAUGCAUGACUAAUGGUGCCGUGUGAGGGGUUUUUUUUUUCAUUUUUUAUUUUCCUGUACAAUUUUCCUUGUUUCAUUUUGAAUUUGUGAUUUGCCAAAAGUGGACGCUUCAGGACAAAACAGGUGGGGGACUUGAGACGGUUUGUGACGCUUAGCCGGCCUCGUGCUUGGCGAGACGCCCGCAACGCAGACACGCAUACGCACAAACGCCCUCUCGAGCUACCGCGCACCCAUCCAUUCCAAGUGCACUACUGAACCAGGUCCUGAAACUGACAUGAGCUUUGAUUUUUGCAGUCUUCUCCAAAAAAAACCCCAAGAAAAUGACAAAAACAAAACUAUUUUCCAAGUAAGAUUUUGUACAAAUCCAGCUGUAAGAUUAAUUAGGCAGAAAGCUCAGUUGUUUCAUAUUACACCAUGGUAAAUCAAAUUGGAGUCCUCCGGAUGUUGAUCAUGCUAAUUACAGAGUCGGAAAAUAAAAUACAGAAAUAAAAAGAGGAUCAUGUUUUGUGCCAGAGUGUUGUGGCCAGUAUGGGUGGCCCUGAAUGUGUAUAUGAUUAUGUAUAUAGGUGCUGUAAGAAGGGUCCUGGGCUCCUUGGCGCCCUCUGGUGUUUGUAAGUGUAAGUGCUGCCUCUGUGCCUCAGGUCUGAGUUUUCUUUGCAGUUGCAAUUGAUUUUUGGUCACGUGUUUUGUUGUUUUUUUUUUUUCGUGACCAUACCAGUAAGCCAGCGACCAACACGUCUUCUGAUCCAUCAAAGAGAGUGGGUUUGGAAAGGGUGGGGGAGGCUGGGGGACAAACAGAGAAAUUAUAGCUACAAUUAUUGUUACUGUUACUAUUAUUAUUGUUGUUGUUAUAAUCACCAGAGAUAUACAAAAGUUGACAUUUUAUUUUUUGAUUUUAAAAUUUUCAUUUUAUUUUUUAUUAAAGGCAAACAUGAACUAACCUGAAACUUCCCUGCUGUAUUGUCGCACGCUGUAUAUUUCAUUCCUGUUUAAAUAUGAGGAUGCUCUGGCCUCUGACUGAGCCCGGUGUACAUAGCUCUGUAGUCCUGAGCACUGCAGUCAACAGACAGCACAGUGUACAUAGUUCAGGGCAAUCUUGCAUUGCUGCACUGUAGUGGAUAGCAAGCAGCUCAGUAUAUUGCUGUGGUGCAUAGUAGGAGGGUUUCCUAACCCUGGUUCUGCAGGGCUGGGAUGUAACUCAAGGAACCGAGGAGAAAUAGUUCAGUCACAGUGGCGAUUAGUUGUAGCUAGCAGACACAUACAGUUGGAGUUCAUUACCACAAGGGACAGAGAUGGGAGUGGGAUUGUUAACACUUGGCUAGUUUAUCAGAUCGGUUUUCACUGUGCAUGACCAGAUUCUUACCUUGUACAGAAGAGACAGGGGUGGUUUUUCAUGAAAUUUUAAACUAAAUUUUAACCUAAUCUUGGGUUUAACACCCCCCCCCCCUUCCAGAAAAGGGUGAAACCAGGUCAGAACUGGACAAAAAUGAGAAAUUUUUGUUCGCCUAAUAACUCGGUGAUGAGCACCCCCUGCAUACAGUACAACACACUGGAUUCAACAAGUUUCUCUCUUCAAUUCAAGAUUUUCAUGUUUUGAGAAUGACAACCAAGAUUGUUUUUAACUGAUAGUGAAUUUCAGUGUGUUGGCCAUGAAUCACUGGUGAAAAUUCACAAACUGUCCAUGCUUUUCGAGGUUUGAUGUUUUUCUUUUAAUGUUUACAUACAGUAUGUGCGUUAGACAUACAUGUGCAUAAACACAGAUGCCAAAUGAGGGGAUGACAUGUUAAUUUUAGCCCAAGGGGUUGGGUCACAGCUGCAGUGGUUAUAAAGAGUUGUGUUACCCCCAGCAAACGUCUCUGUGAAAUUGUGACAAAGGCUAUAAUGUUGCAGAAAUGCAGCGAUGUUGUGUUAGCCGGUAAAAUUUCUUCCAGACAAUACAAAAUGCUUUUUUCUUUUGUUUUCUUUUUUUUAAUCAGUGCUGGUUGUUUGAAUUGUCUGUAAACAAGUCAAGUAAAUCUUAGCUCUCAUCAGAUUAAA